AUGGAUACUCAAAAAGUUGUUCUAAAAUGGAAUAAACAGGAACUAGCUUUUGAUCUUCAACCAACUCAAACAGUGAGCGAAUUGAAGAGUUUAAUCUAUGAACAAACGCACAUUCUACCGGAUAGACAAAAACUGAUGGGUUUGAAAUUAAAAACAUCCGGUGUGAUUACAAAUACUACAACCAUCGAUGAAUUGAAUCUUUCGGCGAAAAUCAUGUUAAUGGGUACACCCGAAGAGUCAAUCACCGAACUCAAUUCAUCGAAACCUGUUCAACCUGACCUCUCCGAAGGACAAGAAGAAGAACAACAAGACACAACUUGGAUCGAAGACCCUGACACUGUGCCAUUGGAUAAACGCGAAGAAGUUCGAAUGAAAUUAGAACGACGAGUGAAUACUUAUCAAGGCAAGAUUUUGAAUGAACCACGGCCAGGAAAGAAACUACUGGUGUUGGAUAUCGAUUACACGUUAUUCGAUCAUCGUAGUGCAGCUGAAACAGGUGUGGAAUUGAUGAGACCCUAUUUACAUGAAUUUUUAACGACUGCUUAUGAGCAUUAUGACAUUGGAAUCUGGUCGGCGACAUCAAUGAAAUGGAUUGAAUCGAAAAUGAAACUACUCGGCAUCGAAGGUAUCUCACAAGGACGGACAACAAACACCGAACACAAUUACAAAAUUGUGUUUUAUAUGGAUUCGGGUGCAAUGAUAUCUGUUUACACAAAAGAAUUCGGUCUGCAAGAUGUUAAACCUUUACCCGUCAUAUGGGAGAAAUAUCCAACACUCUAUUCGGCGAAAAACACGAUCAUGUUUGAUGAUGUUUCGCGCAAUUUUUUAUUAAAUCCAUUAAAUGGAUUAAAAAUCCGUCCAUUUAAACGUGCGCAUUUCACACGUACGACUGAUCGAGAAUUGUUCCAUCUAACACAGUAUUUAGUGAUGAUAGCACAACACGAUGACUUAAGUAAACUUGACCAUCGACGUUGGGAGCAAAUGCUUGAACGACAGCAAUUCAUCGAGCGACGAAAAACAAAUUAA